AAAAAUGAACACAUAUCGUGCAAAUAAACAAUAAAUAAACAUAUUUAUAUGUAUAACUAUAAAUAUCUAACAGUAUAGUGUAGGCAACCAAUAUACUAAAGUAUUUAAUAUCUGACAAUAUGAGCGAUGCAAUGCAAGCUAAAGCCUUAUUGAUACGCGCUGUCGAGUGCGAUCAGAGUGGUAGAAUUUUGGAAGCCCAAACUCUCUAUCAAGAUGGUAUUGAGCUUUUAAUGUCAUUUGUACAUAGUGAACCGGAUGAAGUGAAGAAAAAAGGGUUUCUAACUAGAAUCAGAGAGUAUAUUGAUCGUGCAGAUGCCAUCAAAGCAAGGGUCAAUGGCAAAAUGAUGCUGGGCGAGGUGGUGAACCACCUAUCAAUCGAGGAAAACGAUAUUGGCAACGAUUACGAUCAAAUAUUUGGCAUAUACAUGAACAAAGAUACAAUUGAAAUUAUGCUCGAAGAGCCGUACUUAACACAAAACUAUCAGUUUCAAAAUCUUAUUCGCUUUUUGGAGCUGGCCGUGACGAACUGUAAGCAAUUGAAAUACUUUCGGUUGAUCACCAAAAAAGAUACCAACAAUUUGGAACAACAAAAAACCAAUUUGGGCCAAAUUAAAGCCGAUCUAGAACGUCGUCAAGUCGUCUUCUACAUCAAGUUUGAAGAUACUUUACACGAUCGCAAAAUAUUCUUAAGCAAUGGGUAUAUAAUAAAAAUCGGACGUGGUCUACACUUUUAUAAGGCCUCAAAUCCUAUGUACUCCAUCGGCUUAAACAACUACAAAUACAGAAAAUGUUUGCAAACCGAUGUCGAUAUAUGGCGUACUUCCAAUAAUAAUUGACACUAACAAAAAGAAACAAUGAAAACAAAGUAGCUUUAAAACACUUCUUUCAAUUCCAAAAUUCACUUUUAAU